GUGAAUACUGGAUCGACCCCAACCAAGGCUGCAACCUGGACGCCAUCAAGGUCUACUGUAACAUGGAGACGGGCGAGACGUGCGUCUACCCAACUCAGGCCAACGUUCCCCAGAAGAACUGGUACCUCAGCAAGAACACCAAGGAGAAGAAGCACAUCUGGUUCGGCGAGACGAUGAGCGACGGCUUCCAGUUUGAGUAUGGUGGUGAGGGCUCCAACCCGGCCGACGUCGCCAUCCAGCUGACCUUCCUCCGCCUGAUGUCCACCGAGGCCUCUCAGAACAUCACCUACCACUGCAAGAACAGCGUCGCCUACAUGGACCAGGACACGGGCAACCUGAAGAAGGCCCUUCUCCUCCAAGGAGCCAACGAGAUCGAGAUCAGGGCUGAAGGCAACAGCCGCUUCACCUACGGCGUCACCGAGGACGGCUGCACGAGUCACACGGGUGCUUGGGGCAAGACAGUCAUCGAGUACAAGACGACGAAGACCUCUCGCCUGCCCAUCAUCGAUUUGGCUCCCAUGGACGUCGGCGCUCCGGACCAGGAAUUCGGCAUCAGCAUCGGCCCCGUCUGCUUCUUGUAACCCGGA